CCGGGAGAGAGAGGCGAGCGGCAUGGAUGCCCACGAGCUCUUCCGGAAACUGGGCGCUGGAGCCAAAUUCGACGUGAGGCGCUUCAGGCGGGACGCGGAGCGUUUCGGGGUACUAAGAACUAAAGAAGAAACAACCAAAACAUCAGAGAUUCUUGGAUCCCUUGAUUUUUUUGGAAAGAAAAGAAAAGAAAACGAACUUCAUGAAGCUCAAAUCAAAACAUUGGAACUGUCUAAUUUGCCCCUUGAAGAGGUAGCAGCACCACAGAAAACACAGGCUGCAAAGAAGAGAAAAGGAGAUGGACAAAGUACUAAAGAGAGAAGAAAAAAGAAAAAAGGCCAAGAAACAGUUGCUGUAAUUCCUGGUACUGAAAAUGAUGGCAUAUUAUGGAUGUCCACUCUGGAGGCAAAACUUGACAUUCCAAAAAGCAAGGGUAAAAAGGGACCCAAAUCACAGAAAUUAAAACAAAUUAGACAAGAAAAGAUAAACCAUUUUAGAAAUAUGCAUAAAAUCUACAUUCAAGGCACGGAUCUUCCAGACCCAAUUACUUCCUUUGAAGAACUUGGGAGAGAAUAUAAAAUCCACUCUAAGAUUAUGCAAAAUGUUGAAGCUGCUGGAUUCCAGAGUCCCACACCAAUUCAGAUGCAAGCUAUUCCCGUCAUGCUUCAUGGUCGUGAGCUCCUGGCUUGUGCUCCCACUGGCUCAGGGAAGACGUUGGCAUUCAGCAUUCCCAUUUUAACCCACCUGAAGCAGCCCAUGAACAAAGGUUUCAGAGCUCUUGUGCUCUCGCCCACGCGGGAACUUGCUAGUCAGACUCAUAGAGAGCUACUUAAGUUAUCUGAGGGUAUCGGCUUCAGGAUACAUUUGAUUCACAAAGCUGCUGAAACAGCGAAGAAGUUUGGGCCGAAGUCCUCUCAGAAAUUUGAUAUUUUGGUGACUACUCCAAACCGACUUAUCUAUCUGUUGAAACAAGACCCCCCAGCCAUAGAUCUGACCAGAAAUGCUGCAGUCGAGACAGUAGAUCAAGAGCUCUUAUUUGUUGGAUCAGAGACAGGAAAACUGUUAGCUAUGAGAGAUCUUGUGAAAAAGGGCUUCACACCUCCAGUCCUGGUGUUUGUCCAAUCUAUUGAACGGGCUAAAGAGCUGUUUCAUGAGCUUGUUUACGAAGGCAUCAAUGUGGACGUCAUUCAUGCAGACAGGACUCAACAACAGGUCGCACAGGACGGGCAGGGCAUACAGGAAAGGCGAUUACCUUCUUUACUGAAGAUGACAAGCCAUUACUGCGAAGCAUAGCCUCCAUUAUCCAGAGAGCUGGCUGUCCUGUCCCGGAUUACAUAAAACACUUUCGCAAACUGCAAAGCAAGCAAAAGAAGAAAUUUACAAAGAAGCCCUUGGAAAGGGCACACAUCCUUACUUCGCUUAAGUUCUUACAAAAGAAAGCCAAGAAAAACAAGACACUUGUCCAGAAAAUGAAAAAGAACUCCAAGGAAGUCCAAAGUAACAAUUCUCAGAAACAGGCAACUCCAGAAAAUUAAUUCUGUUGCUUUGUCAAAAUAAACAAGGAUUUUUUUUUAUCUUUGCAAGAAGAAUAAACCCCGGGAGCCCUUUUUUGACGGACAAAUACCUUGAUUUUGCGUCUUUGAUAUAUGUGGGUUAAUAUUUUUCUACCUUACCUUUAGCUACAGGGUAGCUCAGCCCCCAGCCCCUGAUUAAGGGGGGGACUUGAAUCAGAUCAUCCUUCUUGGUGACAGUACGAUGGUGCCAAAGCAAGUGUCACACCACAAGAAGAUAUCCAGAUGCAGUCAUCAUGGCACAGAAAGGACUCCAGAUGCAAAGGAUUCCUCUAAUGAUAAAUGACUCAGCUCAUAAUAAAAGGGAGA